AUGGCAAAAGUUUUUCGUCGUGCUGCUAGUAAGGUUAAAAAUUCUAGAGAUGGACAUGGUUCUCUUGGUUUGCUCAUUUUUGACGAGAAAGUCGUGUAUGAAACUUUUCAGAAAGUUGUGAUCGCCAAAGCUGACGGUGAGUUUCUAAGUUAUCCAUCAUUAAGAGAAAUACUGGAAAGAAGAAAGAGCUGAAAGCGGAUUGCUUAAGAAAAGAAGGAUUUUCCUUUGCUGAAGGUUAACUUUUGAUUGAUCUUAAGCCUUGUUGGCUAUUUCUUGGGUGGGUAGUUUGGGUAUAUCAAGUUUCAAACCGUAUCAUGCGCGUCCCACGCUCAUAUCCUGUUCACGGAUUUAACAUUAUGUUCAGUGUACCUUUGGAGAAACUACAGAAUACAAGGCCAUAUCUUAAAAGGUCUUAAACAAAAGUAGCUCGGUGGCUCACUUGUCAAGACGAGUGUUAAUAAAACGAGAAAGAUAUUACAUAUAAGUCUAUAAUUAAGUGUAAGACAGUCAUCCACAAGAAAUAGAGGAUAUUACAUGGCCGCGAGGGGGAAACGAUUUUUAUCUUCGAGUGCUGAAAGUAUCUCUCACGAGUGAGCGACCCGCUCAUUCGUGAGAGAUACUUUCAGCACUCGAAGAUAAAAUUUGUAUCCCCAAGCGGCCAUGUAAUGUUCUGUUUACUUUAUAGAUACUGAUGAAAUUCCUAAAUAAAACACAACUUUUUUUAGCAUUCAUUUUCGAAACAGCAAAAUAGUGCAAUUAAAGUGGUCACCUACCGCAAAAUGCCUGUCACAAAAAUGUUAUGAAACCCAGAUAUAAAGUUAUAAAGGAGAAAUAAAGACAAUAAUACUUAUAUUUUCUGUUCCAAAAAGUCAAAAUUCUAAUGAAGAAGAGAAAAAUUAUGUUAGUAACCAUGGCGACACCAAUAUCCUCACACAAAUAGUAUCUUCACUGCGCGCGAUGAAGAUAUGAUUUUUUAGUAAAAUCCUGGUAUUUCAUCAGUAUCUAUAUAAUAAAUAGAGAAUAUUACAUGCCCGCGCGUGGAUACGAAUUGAUUUGUCUUCGAGUGUUUUACUCGAUAUAUCAUGAGUGAAUGCAGGGAACGCGUGAGAUAUCGAGUUGAACACUCGAAGAUAAAGUUUGUAUCCACAAGCGGGCAUGUAAUAUUCUGUUUAUUAUAUAGACACCAAUGGCGAGAUGCUGUUAUGCUCUUUUCCUAUUGGCUGAGACUGAUGUAGCUAUAACGACCAUGAUAUCUUCACAUGUGAAGGAUAAAAAUUGUAUCUUCUCUUGAUACCAAAGUUUCGUCACUGGAAAAAUCCUGGUAUUUCAUCGGUGUCUCUAUAAUAAAUUCAUUUAUUAUUCAUUCAAAAUAUUUCCCUGAUUCUGAUUGGCUAAAAGCACAUGCGUGAUUCACCAUAACCAGCUAUUGAUGACCAAAUUUGGAAGAAUUUUGUGUUUAAUGAACCGAUGAUGUCAAAAGUGCAGCUUUUUUGCAGGUUAAUGCACCGUUAACUGAGAAGACCUGGGGAUGAGGUUGAGUUGUUUUGGUUGUGAGAACGAAAAUGGCGGACAUUUCACUCGUUUCAAGAGUAAGAACUAGGCAAAAUAAUAGUUAAAAACAGGGCAAGAACAUCAAGAAGACAACUCGAAGAGCGAAAUAUCCUAUUCGGAGAAUAUUUGCGGAGCUGAACAAACCCUAAACUUGCACUAUCGAAGAUGAACUUAACAUCGAUGGAUCGAUGGAGGUAAGCAUGUUUUAGCCGUGAUUUUAAACUAGGAAUUAUUUCGAAUGAAUAAUAAAACAAUUACUGAAUUCGGCUUUCGUAUCAUAUGAAGAAUUAUGGAGAUCUUGGAGGGUGUUAUCACGAUGACAAUCUCCUCGAUCUCCAUAAUUCUUCAUGAGAUACUCAGCUUCAUUCACUUAUAAUUGUUAAAUAAGAAUAAGUUUUAAAAGAACAAGACUUGUUCUUUUAAAACUUAUUUACUUAGUAAAGGUGUAUAUUUUCAGUGGCUUUUUGCUUUGAUGGCUCAUCAGCCAAGGUUGGGGUCUUAAAGAACGAGUUGAGAAAGGUAUAUGUUCUAUUGGCUUGGUCACUGGUUCACUGUGGCUCGUCAUUGACUACUGAGCCACUGAGCCACCAAGCCACCCAAUAAAUAAUUAUAUACCCUGUAUGUAUUCUGUAAUGGAUUUUUAAAACUUUGACUAGUUAAUACUUGCAAUUCCUAUUAAAUUUCUUGUUUGUAACUGAUGAAAAUCUCACAAUUUGUCUGUGUUCUUGUACCUUUGUGCAUGCGUGGCUGGAAAGGGGUCAGGGGAACCCCUUAGGCUAGAAUUGACUCUUUAAGUUUAAUGAGUUUGUCAUUGUUUUUUAAAUAGCAUCCAUUGCCAUGUUAAAAUGGGCCAAAACCGAAGAAAAUUUGGCUCUUCAGGAUGUCUUCAGCAAGGUUUUUGAAGUUUCCAGUAUGUGGACAACAUUGUGGAAGGAUUUCGGUGAAGAGGUAUUGGUUUACUGCUUCAUUUAUCUUCUGAAACUGUCGUGAAACUAGGUUUGAUCACCAGCCUGCACUUCUCCUCAGAAAAGAUGACUUAAUGGGUGGGUUUGCUACUCACAUGUCUAGUCGUCUUGUCUGUUGGAGGAACAAGACCAGACCAGAGAGACUAAAGGAAAUUUUUUUUUGAGCUUAGUGCAAAAUGGGAUGAAACGUUGAUUCCUAUCCUAAAACAGUGAAUAGCCAAGGAUAUCUUAUUAUUAAUGGGAGCCAAUCAAAUUGUGCAAAAAUUGCUAAUAAUCCACUUAUUGGGUAAAUACUAAUCUUGACAUUGGUAGCUUGAAAUGCCAUCUUUAGUGUGAAAAUUGCAGAAGGGCUGUGUGGAAUUAGCUCCUACACUGUAGUGACUCCUGAUCUAAUGUCAAACUCUCCCUUUGAUUCGUAACCAUACAUGUACACCAGCUAAGUUGAGUUAGGAGAAUCUAGUAGUUUAUCAACAGUCAUCUGGGGCUUUUUGUUUUUAAUAGCUGUUAUUUUAACUUUUGGUUUCAAUUUUCUGACAGUAUUAUAAACACAGAAAAACUUUCAAAGAAGUUCUUCAACAGGAGAAAGCUUUGGAUGAAGCAAGGAAACGGGAAGCCAUGCAUGCAACUAAAAUGAGUAGAGUACAGAAACAGGUGAAAGUGACAGUAAAUUGUAGAUUUUAGAACAUUGCUAUUCUUCUAAUAGUCUUUCUGCUUGGGUACAGUUUAAUUCUCCUUGUUGGGUAGGACCUCAAGAUAAUAUUAUUGCAAACUUAAUGACAGACUUUGGUAUUUUAUCUGAUUGCAGGUGUAAGCAUUGCAUCACACAAUCCACAAUUUAGUUGGACUUUGUCCAAUGACCAAGUACUGUUUGCAGCUCUGCUACUAACGUACCUUGAUACCUUCCUUUUAUACAUUUUUUUUCUCUUUGUAGCUGGAUCAAAGCAAAAGAAAGAGUGAUCCAAGAGGAAGACCAAGAACAAUAUCAAAUGAAAUGGUUGAGGUAAUUUUUAAACCUUUCUUAGACUUGACUUUAUUAAACUGUUUUGGUUUACUGACAUUCCGUAUACUGCCUUCACCCAUGCAGGAGUGAAGUUUAAUAUCUUUUUUAAGGGUUUCAUAACCCUCCAAGUUAAAUUUUUUGUUUGGUGGUCAUAUGGCGACCAUGAACUCUUUAGGUUUAGUUGCCAAAGGAUUUUUUUUGGCACCAAAAUAUAUAUCAAUAGUUAAAGUUUUAAUUAUUGGUUAAUCAUAAAUUUGGGCUUAAGAAUGGUAUUGUUCAGCCAAAACAAUGUUUCUAAACAGCAUUUCCCGUAUGUAAUUCACAAGUGUAUAUGGUAACUUAAGGUUAUAAUCCAUGUCGAGUAACAUCCAUGUUAUUUCUUCAAGUAUCAGGUUUCUCUGGUCGCCAACUUGGUGACUAUUUUCCAAAUUAAGACGCCAGUACCAAAAUGUUAGUUGCCAUGGCACCUAAAGUGGUUGCAGCUUGGAGGGUAUUUUCAACUACCAUGUAUUUUUAAUCCAACUUCUCAGUGCAAUGGCUGACUACCUUAUUAUAGGAAAUUAACACUCCAUGAAAUUAAGGUAUUGGAAAUUAACGCGACUUAAAUUAACGCGAAUUUAAUGGAAAACGACUUUCGAAUAAAAAAAAUUAACGCGAAAGAGGAGGUAGAGUUUCAUAUUAAAGGAAAUUAACGCGAUUAAGACACAGUUGGUGGUGACAACUGGAACAAAUUUAUUUCAACAAUGGAUGCAAAAAAAUUCAAAAUUGAACAAAACUGAGCUGACAUUUCUUCUGACUGCGACAAUGAUGAAGGAUGAACUCGAAUGUUGUAAACCUUUGCCUUAACUUUUGUGAAAGAUGAAAAAUAGAGGGUAAAUGGAAAGAAAGAAAGCUUGUAGUUAAUGUUUUUAGGUGUCAAGAAUGUCUGGACAGGUUCCAAAAUUGAGGUUAAAAUACGGAAAUUAAGAGCACAGAAAUUAACGCUGCACUUAAUUAACGUCGCGUAAAUUAAUUCUCAACAAAAUUAACGCGACUUAAAUUAACGCGAAUUUUAACGAUUCAAGUUAAUUUCAUGGAGCGUUAAUUUCCUAUAAUAAGGUAUUACAUGAUGUUGCAGGUAUUUUCCUUUUCUUUAUUUUGUUUCUUUGUAAAUUCCAGGUCAUUUCACAGGCAGAGCAGGAGCAAGCUGAAUUAGAAGUCAAAACAACCAAACAUGAAAUAUUUAAGGUAACUCUCUCUCUCCAUACACAGCUGAAUAAUACUGAACUAAAACCAAUUACUGAGCUUGGGAAUGAGCAUUGUGACUAGAAUUAAUCCUUCACUUGUGACAAUCUGGACUUCACUAGAAUGUAAGUAAUGCAUUCCUUCAGAGAAGGAAGAAAAUGGAAACAAUAAAUUUUAUGACUAUGAUUCCACUGUGCUUAUAUUAUAUAUAUAACUUAAAGUCUAGUCAAAACCAGAUUUUAAAAUGAAUCUUUUUUUUGCAGGCUCGUAAACUUAAAGACUCUCUGUGUAAGAUUUCUGACGGAAUCCAGGAGUGGGCCUCAAAAACUUUGCUGGUUGCAGGAGCCUACAGAAAACUGGCUGAUCUUAUUAAUGACACACCCACACAGUUGACAGAGAGCAAAGUUUUUUCUGGUAUGUUGAUAGCAGGAACCAAACUGUGACAAAUGAAUCUUCACUUCUUAUUAGCUAUUAACUUGUCCAUGCAUGGUUCUCCUUCCCUGCUUCUCCUUUUUUGGAGAUAAUCCUAUUAGUGCUUCCAGAGAGAAGUUGUGUCAAAGAAUAAUAUAUUGGCAGUAGCAUUUUCAGAGGUUUCCAUGGGAACCACCAGCCUCUUAAAAUGCCAACAAUUGGAUCAACACCCAUCAACCUUGAGCGAGGUUUGUGAUACACCAAUCACGAAUAACCAGAGUGGUAUACAUGUUAGUCCCACUCAGUAAAUCGACUUUAUUGCCUGAUGAAGAACUGCAGUACAUGAUUGAAACGUUGCAAUCAAUAUUUAUGUGACUAUCAUCAGACAUAUGAUCAACAAAACCCUUGUAUGCUGAGUAGACCCUUGGCGGAAAUGUGAAGGGUAUUUAUAUAUAAUGUUCAUAUAUUAAUUUGUGUUCACAGGUGCUCGUCAGUCAAGAAGUAUAGUCAAUGAUCUCGCAAAGGACUUGAAAAUUGACCCUGAGUUAUCCAAACAGUUGGCAACAAUGUCAAAGUCAGGCCAACCUUACUUGUAUGCAGUGUCCACUCCUUUGCCAGUAAAGAUAGAAAUUGGUAAAAAAUAUGAUUAUGCCUAUGAUGUUUCAAGAGGGAAGCUCCGCAAGUCGAAGCGUGGACCUCAACCCCUGCCACACCCUCAUCUGAGAGUUAGGGAGAAUUCAGGAAUGGAUCAAAACCACAGGAGGCCGCUUUCAUUGAAUGAUCUUCGGCCGCCUCCUAAUUUGCCACCUCCCCCGCUGCCUACAGAUGGUAAGGAUUUUAUCAGGGGUGGAUCUAGGGGGAGGGUGCAGGGGGUGCGCACCCCCCUGAGAUGACCUGCGGUUUUCUAAUACAACUGAUAUUCUGCAAAAAAAAAAAACUAUGUGGUUUAUUGGCGUUGAAGUAGAGCAAGAGACGAGUGUGCCCCCUCCUAAAAAAAAUCCUUGAUCCGCCCCUGUUAUGUAGCGCUUGAAAAAAACUUGAAUUCUGGUUUGUAGCCUCCCACACAGACAUUCUUAGGGCUUCAUCACACAUUUCUUCUUGUCAUUUGUUGAGGGAGGAUUGCAUGAUAAGCCAAAAGAAGGUCUGCAUAGGAGGCUAGUUUGUCCUUUGAACAAGAAGCUCUCAAAUAUUGCUUGCCCAAGGCAUUUGCAUGCUUGUCUUUGUCCUUGACAUAUUCAUUAUUUGUAGUGACUGACUUUAAAUCAAUCAAUCAAUCAACUUUAUUGGUACAUCCAAUUAAAAUGGGUUUUCACAUACCAAUUACAAUAAAAUCUAAUAUGAACAAUAGAAAUCUAAAAUAAACAUUUGAAAGUGAUAAAACAUUACCAUAUUAUUUAAAAGAUAUAAAAUAUGCAUAAUUACACCUAUUGAGUGUCAAUAGCUUAAAAACUCGUCAAGUGCACGUCCUUUAACCGCAUUCUUAAAAGCAUUAAACGACUUUGUGUGCAGUACUGAUGCUUCAAAGCUACCAUCUCUGAAGUACCUUUUUUUUUUCUAAACUAAACUAAUUUGCAGCAAGACAAGUUACUUUCAUAACAAAUUCAGCAAAGGAAAAUGCAGCACUAAAAAGGAAGUUGUAGUUUUUUAAAGAUACCAACAAUUUAUGUUUACCAAUUAAUUUUGCACUUGCCUAAGAGCCUUGAGGGAAUAAAACAAAAAUUGGUCUUAUGUCCACUCUGUUUGUACUACCUAGUUGAGCUUAAAAAGAUGCAGUAAAAUUACUGCUCAAGAUUAAAGUUUUGGAAUAAAUUAAUUAAAAACCCCCAUUUUUUUACUGUUUUAUUUUGCUUUUGUUUUCCCUGUAAAUGAGUGGCUUGACCUUUGUGUGGUUCAGAUGACCACGUGAAAUGGGGACCUGUCUCCAAAGGGGAUAUAGAAAUAGUGUCCUCAACUUAUUUUAUUAUUUUUUAAAAAUAUGGUUUUAAUAUAGCACUUUCCUGCUAAACACAUUGACACUCAAAUAACUUUGGUUUAAUAAUAUGUACUUUUGGCACCAGCUCAGAUCAACUCCAAGCAACAACCAGGAAAGAUCUGGUAUGCAAGAACAAACAUCUCAAGCGGCUCAGAGUCUGACAGUGAAGGAUACGCAGAGCCCAUAACUGAUCCUUCAUUCUUUCAACAAACGAGGAUGCUGUGGAAAGUACUGAGUGAUGGAGCUAUUAAUGAAGUGGGUACAGGUUACGCUGGAGUGGAAUCAAGAACUGGGAAACAGUCAAGUAGUCCACAUUUUUAUCAUCAAUUAGAAAGAAGGAACUCUGAAGAAGACAUAAUUAAUGACAAUAAUACGCCACCAACUUAUGUUGAUCUCAUUCAGUAGUGAUUGACAUUGUUACAUAACUAUUAACAUAGUUUAUUUUAUUAGUACUAUUAAAUAUAACACAAGAGUUAUGAUUGGAUUACAUUGUUUAAGUAUUAGUGCUGGAAUUUGGAGCACAGAUUUACUCAAAACAGAAUAUAUGACACCCUCUACCCUCUUGCAUACAGAAUAAAUAUCUCCCUUCUGAUUUCCCUCUAUGACAAACAGCUCAAAUCCAAGAGAUUAAAUGGCUGAACACAUUUUAACAUACCUCAAUGACAAAUAACAAUAUAUAUGUCCAAACACAACC